AACUAAUUAACGAUACCCACUAAAUCUUCUCUUUUUGUUCGCCUUUUGACCCCUACUCAACCUCGACCGACACACCGAACCCACCCCCUGAUACAGCACUUCUCCCCAGAUGGACGAUCCGACCGGACCAGGAUGGACAUGGCCUUACUGGAAGUUUGGCUUACAGAGGGAGGACCUCGAAACAAAGCUCCACGAUCAGUACAACACCUUUAGCCUCGCCAUUCUCGACCCCGAGGCUUUCCAUCAUGAUGUCUACGAACUCGCCAACAGAGCCACCACCACCGAUGAGUUACAUCAGCUCCUUGCCGAGCGGAAGCAACUCCGAGUUCGCGAACUGAACGAGUCCCUUGAAUCUGCAGCAUUCGAGAUCAUUGGAAACCCUUCCCUGAUUGGGACCGAUCAGUGGCAGCACGCUGUCCAGCUCUUCCGAACAAGGUCGCUUGAUUCGCUUGUUCGAUACUUUGCAUCAUACCUUCCCGAGCAACAUCCCUGGCACAAGUCCGCCGAUUCGGGCUCCGUCACCUCCAGCAGUGCCGAUUCGUGCCCCUCCCUUUUCGACGAUGAGUACUACGAUCCGAUCAUGAUGACGGAGGAGCCGCUUGAGAUUGCGGAUGAGGAGUCCAUCGUUAAGGACCACCUGCCGCCGUCUCCGCGCUCCAUGACCAUGUGCUCGAACUCGUCCGUGGAUUCCCAUGUGGAUGGUUUCCAGUCCGACUUCGCCCUUACCCCAGCCCGUACCCUCUCAUACUCUGAAUCCGAAUCCGGCCAUUUGGAAUCGUCAGCCUCCACACUCUACGACGUGUCGGAGGUUACCACACCUGCUCCUGAGGAGGAGGACGUCACUCCCGAAGUGGCAUCAGGAAAGGAAACCUCGGAUCAUCCCAAGGACCUCUCGAUCACUUCCGAAUCAGAAACACCCACCCCGAAGCCCGAGCAUCAUGCCGCAGCUUUCUUCGAGCAGACGAAGCCAUCGCUGCCCUGUCGACGACACCGGAGUCUUUCACCAUCAUCUGCGCGUCCUCUCUCUGGUCAAGAAGUCCGGAGUAGCAUGCAGCAACGUGAUCCUAGGAAGCCGGAGCUGCCGACUCACCAUACCCAGGUGGCGGACGACGCAGCUCGCCGUUGGAAGGAAACAGGAUACAUGGAUAGGCUUAGAGAGAGGAUGUUCAAUCCCUUGCAAAGAGGAAGGAGUCAGGGGAGGAAGACACAGCCAAGUAGUUCCAGUCGCAUCCACAAACCGUCAUCGGAUAGGACGAGGCUCAUGGGACGGAAGAGAAUUGAUAGCUAGCACAUGGCGAGGCGUUUUGGCGUUUUGGAGCCUGAGGGCAUGGUGGAUGGGCCUACUACCGAUACCCCUUUACAUAUGUCCUGUGACUGUACAUAUCUGCUCUUCGUUUUUCAUGGUAAAUCCCUUUUUUUCAGCACGAGCGUGGCGUCGGACCUUGGUGGCUGGCGCUGGUAAAGUUCUCAUGACCCUUGUUUUGGUGUUUUGUUUGCACGAGUAAACGACUAACGCCGAGCAGUGAUGAUACCCAUCCGACCGUUCCCAUCUUGUCUACGGUCGGAUACAAUAUUUCUCGGUUAAGUAUCCCAUCCUUCUUUGAGUUGAUGUCUGCUCACGAUAUUCUAGGUUCAGGUGUAACACCACCUGGGUAAGAAACCACUGGUAAGUUGAUACGUCCCGUAACUCGGUUUUCUUUGCUGAACGACCAUUCCGGAUUUUUUUUCUGUCUUUAGUUUGUAGCCAUAAUGAUGAUAGCUAAUCAUGAUA